GCUAGUGGUAGUUUUAUGGGAACACAACUUCAAAAUACUACACCUAGAAGUGUAGAUCCUAGUGGGCCAACGGCAUACGAGCCACCACCAUACUGUAACCCUCCACUGCUCCACUUAGGAGCUCCAGCUGUAACGCCUCAAAAAGCAGCACCUAUGUUAACUGCAGCUGCUGGAAUAGGACAGCCUCCUAGUCUACAAGCAUACGCCCAUAUUGGUGGUGGAAUAAAUAUACCAGCUGUAGGUCUAGCAGUUGGUGGUGCAGCAUCAAAUACAGAGCAUCAUACAAACAUAAAACAACGAAAACACGCAAUUCCAAUUACUAAUCCUGACACUUUAGAGAUCGUAACAUUUGAACACUUGGCUGCUGAUGUCCAAACACAGACACAGCCAGAAAUUCCCGCUAAAAAUGAAAUAAAUGUUGAAUCUGUAUCAAUACAGACAGAAAAUGACAAUUCAUUAACUGCCUCGAUAGCGAGUAAUGCUUCAGAUGUUAUGACACCAACGCAGUCACGAUCGAUAUCUAUUCAGACAGAUGAUGGAAACUAUGAUAUCGUUAAGAAGAUCAGUGGUUUAGAAAUAGGAACUCAAACUGUUUCAGUUUCAGUUGUUAAUACCGGCACUCAAUCGUCACACUCUGAUAGCGAAUCGCCGAAAAAAGUUACUUACGAUGACCCCAAUGACACAGAUGCAGACACUAAAGAACAUAAGUUGGACAAUGAAGAUGAUGUUCUCGAUACAAUUAAUGGAAAUUUAACCUGUGUUGAUCAAGAAUUACCAGAUAACGUUUCCAAAGAUCAACAAGAGGCUGAAGAUAUUCCUGCUGGUGAUCUUCUUAUAAUACAGCCUGUAGAGUCUGAUUCUGAGCAUUCCGCAGAAACGGAGGUCAAUUCGAAGGAUGAGCCUUGCACAAUAUCUGUACAAACUUCCGUUGAUAAUAAAGAUGAAGUAAAAUCCAAAGAAAUUCAACAAGAUUUGCCACAGUCCGUAUCAUUUUUUGUUGCCAGUGAACCAAAAAGAGGUCGUAAAAAUAAAAAAGCAGUUAAGCGAAAGGAAAAAAUACAAAGGAGGAUGAAACAGCAAAAUAUUAAAUCCAAUAGCGGUAAGUAA